AAUGUCAAUUUUGCUAUAACAGAGAAUACAAAUAUGAAACUGACAUUUAGAAUGUUUGCUUAUUGCAAACAAUACUUUUGAAAUAUUUUAAAAUGCAGCAGGUUAAAGUUGGCCUUAAUUUCCCUUAGCCUUUUUAAAAUUAAAUUAACAACAAAAGUUUCAACAAAAGGUAUACAAGAAUUUGAAACUUACCUUGAAACAUGUAAUGUACUUGUCUAAACAAUUAUAGAUGUUGUUGUGCAAGUUAGCGAUGUGAUACUUUUGUAUGUAUAUACAUCUUAAAAACAAUCAAUAUUUUUCCAGAAAGUAAAAUCAUUCCUAGACAAUUUUUCAAGCUCUAUAAAAACAACUUCUUUUUUUGUGACAGGUAUGUUCAAUAAGAAAGAAAUGGAUAAACUGCCACCAGAAAAAGCUCCAGUUUAAUUUUGGUUCCAUUACGAUGUAACAAAAGUUGCAAUAUUUUCCAGAUGUGUAUUCGAUUGUUGAUGCUUUUAACUAAUCAAUGAUGUCAAAUGAAAAAAUACAAUUAGAUUUCGUGCUGGUGAAAAAGAUAGAAAGAUAUCGAACUGAUAACGAUUUUAUCCUCAAAACUGAUAUCACUACAAAGGAUGCGUUUGAUGUAACUUUAUCUAACGAGUCAAGAAAAGUAAAAUGUCUUUUACAUCCAAAGUUGAAUAGUCUUGUUUAUAGGGGGAUUUUAAAUAUUGGAAAUGUUGUACAGGUGAAAAAGUACGAAGAACUAGUUGAUGACACUAACGUCAGUGUGCAUGUGAAUAUUAUUGUUUUAACUGACAUUCAAAUCCUUAGAAGUGUCUUUGCACAACAAUCCAUGCUUCAUGAAGAUGAAUCUCUGGACAAGCCAUUAGGUACAUCAAAAGAAUAUUACCUGCCACUUUAUAACAAUGAAGAUAUAUAUGGAUCUGCUUGGGAUAGACUUCAAAAAGAAAUCAAAGUAACAGAAAUUGGAUGUUCUGAUCUCACAACAAUUAAGGCUCUUCAAAACAAGCAAUCUAAUUCAAAAGAGAUGUUACCAGUUUUUGGGACUGUUAUAGCAAAAUCAAAAUUAAAUCACUAUGAUUCGAAAGGCAAGUGUAAAUAUCCAUUUAAUUUUUCGAUUGAAGUUGAGCAUGAUAAUACUACAUGUAGCGUAACAUUUUGGAACAAAGCAUGUUUGUCUUAUUUCAAACCUAUACAAGUUGGACAGAAUAUUGUGUUGAAGAAAUAUCGUUUAAAAAGGAGAUAUGCCAGUCGAUCAAACACAAUUUUUGGGAUAUCAAAGGAUUCUGGAUUGGAGUUGUCAAUUAAUCCUUCCAACCCAGAAGGAGAAGUUGAAUUCUCCAACGACAAGAUUACAGAUAUUAUUGUUUACAGGUUUUUUCCAUCAUCCGUAUUUGGUCGGAAUCUUGUUCCUGUCGAUAGCAUUGCUGAUGUAACAGGCUGCAUAUCUUUUAUUGGGAGAAUCGAACGUGAAAGAAAGAGCCUCAAUACUCCUGUAUUAUCCUCUGGAGAUUUCUGGAUGUAUCGUUGGUUGGUUUUAAAAGAUGGUGUUUCCGACUUUGAUAUCAAAAUAAAAGUCUACGCUUGUUCACAAUCUGAAACAGUGGACAAGUUAAAAUGUGGUGAAAUGUUGGUGGCUACAAGAGUGCUGUGCAAAGGACACAUCACUUCCUACACGGGGAAACAACGGAUGCAGAUGUAUGCUGUAUCUAUAAGAGAAACACAACUCUAUAGCAUUUCAAGUGAUUGGGAGUUAGAUGAUGUCAAAUCACUUCCAUUUGUUAAAUAUAUUGGUUUCUUAAAUGUGUUAAGGUGGUCAAAGAAUGCUGACUGUCGUCGUUAUCUUUCUCAAAACUCCUAUGAAGGAGGGUACUUUAGCCAUCCAGCAUUACCAGAUGAAUUAAACAACUAUGUCAAUUCGUUUCCAUUGCACUCCCCCUUUAAAGUUAUAUCAAGUGAAAACCUGGUGGAAAUAUGUGAUAAUAUGCAUGUGUAUGAAACAAUGCGGGUGAGCAUCCAAGCUACUAUUGCAGUCAUUGAGUUUAUCCCAGUUAUAACUGACGCACCUAAAAGCCUUCUGAAAAGAAAGUCGCCUCGCUUGAAUUCAAGUGUGGGGAAGAGAAAACGAUCUGGUGGAUUAUUUGACGAACCUCAAAGCGAGUUUUCUGAUUCUGGUUCGCAAAACUCUUCUCAGGAGGAAGCCGGACGAUAUCCUUUCCGCGUGAUAGAUAGAAAUGGAUUAGAGGUCAGCGAUAAGAUUAAAAACGUUGGUGACGUCGAGUUAACUGAAGAAAGUAAGCGUUCACUUACCGGUGGUCGAAAAGAUCUGCACUGCAUGCUGAGGAUCCUGUUAUUUGGUUUAAACAAGAAAGUCGCAGUAAUGAGCUCACUUAUUCCAAAACAAGAUCCCUCCUCUGCUGAAGGCAUCAUAUUAGACGUUCUGGAAGGGCGAUCCAUUCAUAAGUUUGUACAUAGACCCGAAUCGUUUUUAGAAAACGCAGAAACAAUGGUGAAACCGGAUGAUAGAUUUUUAUUUGUGCUUGAUUUGUAUUAUAAAGGGAAGAAUGAUGUAGAAGUUGUAAUAAAUCGAGGGUUUAGAGUUUGAAAAGAAUAGUUGACUUUUCGUGCAA